AUGUCAGACUGGGAUAACGUUACAAUCAUUGGUUCCAAGGCGCGUAUUGGUGGUGGUGGUCCAAGAGCACAAGUUGCAAAGACCCAAUCACAGAUCAACGCUGCCAGAAGAACCGGUGCUGUCCUGUCUGUUGACAAGAAGUACGGUUCUUCCAACAGAUCCAAUGACGUUGAAGGUCAAAGAUUGACCAAGAUUGAUAGAACAGACGAUGUCGUUGCCCCAAAGAAGGUGGAUGCCAGUGUUGGUAAGGCCAUUGCCAGAGCCAGACAGGAGAAGAAGUGGACGCAGAAGGACCUGGCCACCAAGAUCAACGAGAAGCCAACCGUCAUCAACGACUACGAGGCUGGUAGAGCCAUCCCACAGCAACAAGUUCUUGGUAAGCUGGAGAGAAACUUGGGUGUCAAAUUGAGAGGUAAGGACAUUGGUGCUCCAUUGCACGGUCCAAAGAAGUGA